AUGCCUCUGACUCUCAAGCCAAUCGACAAUGAUGAAACUGCAUCCUGGGGCCUGAGUAUCAGUAGCUCAGACUUUCAGAAACUCAAAAACGGUUUCAGCCCAAUGUCCAUGGACGAUAAAUGGGUCAUUAAGGCUAUGGAGCCAGACCAAAACGGCAACAUCACUGUCCACUAUGCCCGGAGCUGGACAGGGGCGCAGUUCUAUAUCCUUACUCUGAGGCCAGCAGACGAUAAUUCUGCUGUGGUUGAAACUAUCACAUGGCGGCGUGGUGCGAAUACUAGUGCGACCACGUCAAGCAAGCAGGCUCGGAAGGAAAGUGUCAUUCUUUCUAGAAUGUUGCUUGGAUGCCGGUUUGAAUCACUUCCACAGUAUAAUUCAUCAAUUUUCUGGAAUCCCCAGGAUGAUGAAAGUGAUGAUUAG